AUGCCUCUCCAACCCACCUCCCUCCGCAACCUCCAUCUCCUCCUCCGCGGCACCCCCCGCUUCGUCCAGAAUCAAUUCCACACCCAGUGGCAGAUCCAAUCCCGCUCUCAAAGCACCGCUUCAUCCGUCAAUCCCAUCGAAGUCUCGCACUUCAACGCCCUCGCCUCCUCUUGGUGGGAUCCCCAUGGCUCCUCGCGCCUCCUCCACCUCAUGAACCCCCUCCGCCACGACUUCAUCCGCAGCUGUCACGCCUCGCAGCCCACGCCGCCUGGUUCCAACCUCCGCUUUCUCGACAUUGGCUGCGGCGGCGGGAUCUUCGCCGAGAGCGCCGCCCGGCUCCCCAGCACCGCGAGCGUGACCGCCGUCGACCCAUCUCCCGAGGUGCUCGCCGUUGCGAAGGCCCACGCCCGCCGCGACCCGGCCCUGCAAGGCAAGCUGACCUACCUGAAUACGUCGAUCGAGGGCCUGCCGCGGCCGCGCGGCCCCGACGAGCAGUAUGAUGUCCUGUCCCUGUUCGAGGUCAUCGAGCAUAUCACGCACCCGGCGGAUUUCCUCGACGCGUGCGCGCAGUUUGUGAAGCCCGGGGGCUGGAUCGUCAUGAGUACGAUUGCGAGGACGUGGACUAGUUGGCUGACGACGAAGGUGGUGGCGGAGGAUGUGGUGGGGAUUGUGCCCAAGGGGACGCAUGAUUGGGAGAAGUAUAUCAAUGAGGAGGAGCUGAGGGGAUAUUUUCUGAGGGAGAGGGGUUGGAAUAGCCCGAGGGUUAUGGGCGUUGUUUAUGUGCCCGGAUUGGGCUGGACGAGAGUCAAGGGGAGUGAGAAGGUGGGUAAUUAUUUCUUUGGCAUCAGGAAGGAUGAGUGA